CCGCGGAACCGGAGCGCGAGCGAAACAGCUGAUCUGAUUUUCCUUUAAAGAGAGAGAAAAUGGAAGUCGGAUAGCGGCGACUGCGGCGCAGCGGGCUGGCGGAGCGGAGCGGCGCGCGCGGCAGAGUUCUCAGGGCCUGUGGUCUCACCCCUCCCUCCGGGCCACCAUGGGCCACGUCCAGCAGGGGCAGAGCAGCGCUGGCCCGGACGCCUGACAGCCACGCGCCCCCGGGAAGUCGCAGCAUCUGACAGUGGACGUGGUGGAAGGAGAGACUCCCGGCCGAGGCCCCGGCGCGCGGAGAGGAGGAGGAGGAGGAGGAAGGCAGUCUCCUAGCUGGUGCCGUCAACAUCAGAUGGAUGGUUUCUAGCCUGCUCCCCAACCCCACCUCGGCCGAGUGUUGGGCGGCCCUUCUACAUGAUCCUAUGACUCUUGAUAUGGACGCAGUCCUGUCAGACUUUGUUCGGUCCACGGGGGCAGAACCUGGUCUGGCCAGAGACCUGCUGGAAGGCAAAAACUGGGACCUGACCGCCGCUCUGAGCGACUAUGAGCAGCUGCGCCAGGCGCACACAGCCCACCUACCGCAUGCGCUCAACGAAGGCCGGAGCCCCAAGCAGCCGGAGCGGGAGGCGCCGCGGCCCGGGCCCAAGGCGCAGCGGCCCUGCCUGCGGAGGCAGGAGGACACCGCCCCAGAAAAGCGCCUCUCCCGGGGCAUCUCCCACGCCAGCUCCGCCAUCGUCUCCCUGGCCCGGUCGCACGUGGCGGGCGAGUGCAGCAGCGAGCAGUUCCCCCUGGAGAUGCCCAUCUACACGUUCCAGCUGCCCGACCUGAGCGUGUACAGCGAGGACUUCCGGAGCUUCAUCGAGCGGGACCUGAUCGAGCAGGCCACCAUGGUGGCCCUGGAGCAGGCGGGUCGCCUGAACUGGUGGUCCGCCGUGUGCACGAGCUGUAAGCGGCUUCUUCCUUUGGCCACGACGGGGGAUGGGAACUGCCUUUUACACGCGGCCUCGCUGGGGAUGUGGGGCUUCCACGACCGGGACCUGGUCUUGCGGAAAGCUCUCUACACCAUGAUGAGGACGGGGGCUGAGAGAGAGGCCCUGAAGCGGCGGUGGAGGUGGCAGCAGACACAGCAGAACAAGGAGUCAGGGCUGGUGUACACCGAGGAGGAGUGGGAGCGGGAGUGGACGGAGCUGCUGAAGCUGGCCUCCAGCGAGCCGCGCACGCACUUCAGCAAGAACAGCGGCACGGGCGGGGGCGCGGACAACCCCGAGGACCCCGUGUACGAGAGCCUGGAGGAGUUCCACGUCUUCGUGCUGGCCCACAUCCUGAGGAGGCCCAUCGUGGUCGUGGCAGACACGAUGCUGAGGGACUCGGGCGGGGAAGCCUUCGCGCCGAUCCCGUUCGGCGGGAUCUACCUGCCCCUGGAGGUGCCUCCCAACCGGUGCCACUGCUCGCCUCUGGUUCUCGCCUACGAUCAAGCGCACUUCUCUGCCCUGGUGUCCAUGGAGCAGAGAGACCAGCAAAGAGAACAAGCCGUGAUCCCCCUGACGGACUCGGAGCACAAGUUGCUGCCCCUGCACUUCGCGGUGGACCCCGGGAAGGACUGGGAGUGGGGGAAAGACGACAAGGACCACGCCCGGCUGGCCCACCUGAUCCUGUCGCUGGAAGCCAAGCUGAACCUCCUGCACAGCUACAUGAAUGUGACGUGGAUCCGGAUCCCCUCGGAGACCCGGGCCCCUCUGGCACAGCCGGAGUCCCCAACGGCCUCCGCGGGCGAGGACGUGCAGUCUCUGGCCGACUCCCUGGACUCGGACCGCGACUCGGUGUGCAGCAAUUCCAACAGCAAUAACGGCAAGAACGGCAAGGACAAGGACAAGGAGAAGCAGCGCAAGGAGAAGGACAAGACCCGCGCGGACUCCGUGGCCAACAAGCUGGGCAGCUUCAGCAAGACGCUGGGCAUCAAGCUGAAGAAAAACAUGGGCGGCUUGGGCGGCCUGGUGCACGGCAAGAUGGGCCGCGCCAACUCCGCCAACGGCAAGAACGGCGACGCGCCCGAGCGCGCCAAGGACAAGAAGGCCAAGUCGCGCAAGGGCAGCAAAGAGGAGUCCGGCGCGUCCGCGAGCACGUCGCCGUCAGAGAAGACCACGCCGUCGCCCACGGACAAGGUGGUGGGCGCAUCGCCGGCGGACAAGGGCAGCGGUCCGCGGGGCGACUCCUGGAAGUACAGCACGGACGUGAAGCUGAGCCUCAACAUCCUGCGCGCCGCCAUGCAGGGCGAGCGCAAGUUCAUCUUCGCCGGCCUGCUGCUCACCAGCCACCGGCACCAGUUCCACGAGGAGAUGAUCGGCUACUACCUGACCAGCGCGCAGGAGCGCUUCAGUGCCGAGCAGGAGCAGCGGCGCCGCGACGCAGCCACCGCCGCCGCCGCCGCCGCCGCCGCCGCCGCAGCCGCCUCGGCCAAGCGGCCGCCGCGCAGGCCCGAGGCCGAGAGCGCGCCGGGCUCCGAGCGCGCCUCGCCGGGCCCUCCGGCCGGGCCGCCCACGCAGCUGGUGCUCAAGUUCAAAGAGCGCCCGAGCCCCGGGCCAACAGCGGGCACGAGGGCAGCGCGGGCGGCGGCGGGUGGCGCGGCCUCCCCGGGCCCCGGCGGCGGGGGCGCGCGGCGCGCGGGCGCCAGCGGACCGGCCCCCGGGCGCAGCCCGCCGGCGCGCCAGAGCGUCAUCCACGUGCAGACGGCGGGCGCGCGGGACGAGGCGUGCGCCCCGGCCGUGGGCGCGCUGCGGCCGUGCGCCACGUACCCGCAGCAGAACCGCUCGCUGUCGUCGCAGAGCUACAGCCCGGCGCGCGCCGCCGCCCUGCGCACGGUCAACACGGUGGAGUCGCUGGCGCGCGCCGUGCCCGGGGCCCUGGCGAGCGCGGCGGGGGCGGUCGGCGCGGCCGAGCCCAAGUCGCAGACCUACACCAACGGCUUCGGGGCCGCGCGCGACGGCCUGGAAUUUGCCGACGCCGACGCGCCGGCCACGCGCUGGAACGGUGAAUGUGGCCGCGGCGGGCCGGGCCCGGCGCAGCGGCGCUGCCAGCGCGAGAACUGCGCGUUCUACGGGCGCGCCGAGACCGAGCACUUCUGCUCCUACUGCUACCGCGAGGAGCUGCGGCGGCGGCGCGAGGCGCGCGGGGCUCGGCCCUGA